AAAUGGCUUUGCCCAGUGGAAACCGUGACGUUUGCCAAAUGCGCUUCGUUAUUUAGACUUGCAAUUGGACGCGAUUGCCGAGGAAGUGUUGUCGGGAGGGUUUGGAGUUCUUGCUUUGCGUUGACCCUGCAGAAUUGAGCCCGACUUGGGUUGCAUGCUUUCGUGGUACCGACCUUGUGUCUCCUCACCUCUUCCCUCCUUGCACCGACAGUCAAGCCACAGGAUGCCGGGCGUCUCAGCCCAUGGCCUCUCGUGUGAGGAGAGAAGGCAACUGGCUGUGGACCUCACCCGCGUCCUAGCUCUCUACCGUUCCAUCCUGGACGCCUACAUUAUCGAAUUUUUCACGGACAGCCUGUGGGGCACACUCCCCCACGCAUGGCAAGAAGCGCUGGACGGACUGAACCCACCAGAGCUGGCCACCCUGUUGCUGGGGAUGCCCAGGGAAGGGGAGGAGAUUAGGUACAGGUCUGUGUGGCCACUCACCCUGCUGGCCCUGAAGUCCACAGCUUGUGCCCUCGCCUUUACCCGGACACCUGGCUUUCACACCCCAUCAGAGUUCCUGGAGAACCCCAGCCAGAGCUCCCGGCUAACAGCUCCUUUUCGGAAACAUGUCAAGCCCAAGAAGCAGCAUGAGAUCCGGAGGCUGGGAGAGUUGGUGAAGAAGCUUAGUGAUCUUACUGGCUGCACCCAAGUUGUGGACGUGGGCUCAGGCCAGGGCCACCUCUCUCGCUUCAUGUCUCUGGGGCUUGGGCUGAUGGUGAAGAGUCUUGAAGGAAAUAAGAGGCUAGUAGCGAGAGCUCAGCGUCUAGACCAGGAGCUCCUGCAGGCUCUGGACAAAAUGGAGAAGAGGCACCCAAAGAUGGUGCAAAGAAGCCCUCGCCACUGCCCCCACCACGUGGUUCAGUGGGUCAGCCCCACAACUCUGUGUGAGGAGCUUCUGCUUCCUCUGGAGAUGCCAGGCCAGAGUAGUACCCGUCUGCUACUCACAGGCCUUCAUGCCUGUGGGGAUCUUAGUGUUGCCUUACUGAGACACUUCUGCUGCUGUCCUGAAGUGGUGGCCCUGGCUUCGGUGGGCUGCUGCUACAUGAAACUCAGUGACCCUGGCAGCUACCCACUGAGUCAGUGGGUAGCUGGGCUGCCUGGCCAUGAACUACCCUACAGGCUCCGGGAGGGUGCCUGCCAUGCUCUAGAGGACUAUGCGGAGAGAUUACAGAAAGCAGGGCCUGGCCUGCAAACACAUUGCUUCCGUGCAGCGCUGGAGGCAGUCAUCCGACAAGUCUGCCCUGAACUUCGGAGGCCUGGUGUGCAAGGAAUUCCCAGGGUCCAUGAACUCAAGAUUGAAGAAUAUGUGCAACAAGGGUUACAGCGAGUGGGUCUGGACCCCCAGCUGCCAUUGGAUCUGGCUGCCCUCCAGGCCCACCAGGCCCAAGAGAAUCGUGUGGUGGCCUUCUUCAGCUUGGCCCUCUUGCUGGCCCCACUGGUAGAGACACUGAUUCUGCUGGACCGGAUGCUCUAUCUUCAAGAGCAAGGCUUCUAUGCUGAGCUGUUGCCCAUCUUCAGCCCUGAACUGUCUCCCAGAAAUCUGGUUCUGGUGGCAACCAAGACGCCCCUGGGUCAGGCCUUCUCCAUUCUUGAGACUGAAGACAGCUGACAGUCUGAAGCCACCAGGUGUCAGCAUGCCAUCCUUGUCACCCUUUAGAGUGCCCUGUAUCCUGCUGGGAGUCUGGCUCUUUGCAGACUUCAGAUUUGUACCCUUUCUUUCCCUUCACUUGGAAAGUAAUACUGUGGAGUUUUUAUUUAUAAAACUUUUAAGACUUAGCUCCUUUUCCUAUAAAUACCAUGUAAUUUUAUUUAUUAAAACUCUUAAAACU